AACAUUUGUAUUUUGCAGUGAUAUGACAAUUCUGUGAAAAACAACAAGAAAGUAAACGGCUUUGUGUAUUAAAACGGGAAUAACAAAAAUAAACUUCUACACUAGUAGUCUUAUCAAUUGCUCCGUAAAAUAUCUGAUUUGGGAAGCACAACAGCAAUGAAAAUACAAAGUAAUUAGUAGCAGGCUGGCCUUCCAGAAAUACGUACUUGCGGAACUAUCGUUUCUCCAGGGAUCGGAACCUUUAUCACUUGCCUGAACAAUGAGUUCCUUUUUCAAAAGCUUCAACAAUUUUUCCAGUAAACGCGAAAACGCCAUUAAAGAAGUGCUUAUCAAUACGCUUAUUGAGAAUUCACGUGAAAUACAGUAUGAGGUGAAGCAAAAAGGGUGUGAUCGUUUGGAAGUGUGUGAAGCUACGAGCACGCUGUGCACUACUUUGGAGGCAAUUUUUCUGCACGGUUUAAAGGAUUCACUGCUCUGGAACACCUUUAAUGUUAUUGCUGGCGAUGAAGAGCGGCGACCAGAGCCGAGUUUUUGGGCACCAUUACUUAUAUUUUUGCACAAACAAGUGAUAGAGCAGGUUCAGACGCUUUCCCAAGUCACCAGUGAAAUCGGCCAGUGUCGCGCCUGGAUACGCCUAUCUCUCAAUGAAUCUCUUUUUUCUGCUUAUUUAAAUAAUAUACGCAAGAGCAGUUCUGCGUUAGGUCCAUAUUAUAAAAAAUUUGCUUUGCUCAAAGAUAGUGAUGGUAUGGAAAUGGCUGCGAAGGCCAUGGAGGGCAUUGAAGCAUUUGUUCAAUUCAAUCUGCCCGUAAAUUCGAGUUUGCUCAAUUAUUGGCCAGAUUAUGCCUUACAAUUAUCAGGGCUAUGGACACCACCACUGAAGUCGUGUCCGAUAAGCAGUGGCGUUGACAUCGCUGACACGCUAGCUGUCGAAGAUGCAGAGGCUGCAGAAGCAAUCGCAGCGCUACCAACACCCCAACCGAUACGCACCAAUGAAGCAUUUACACAAAUAAUUGAGAAUUUACCCAGUUUCCAGUCACCGACCCCCGCUGAUAUUGCUGCUCAACGUGAAAAUGUCGACUUGCUACUAAAGGCGGUCGAUGAGAUGCAAAUAAUAAAUGAAGAAAGUGCUGAAGCAGGAACAAGUAGUAAUGGGGCUACCGCCGAAAAUGUGCAUAAAGACAAUGAAAGUUCACAAAAGACCAGCAAAUCGAAAAAGAAGCGUAAAAAGUCACGCGAACUCGCUGAGGCACGUAUUCGUGAAUACAUAACUGGGGAAUCAGACUAUAGAACAGAGCCCCCUUCGCCUACAACGCCUGGCAAUUCUCUGAUGAGCCUAAUGCAUACAUCAUGGUCUGGAGAUGAGGGUUCCGCGUCCGAAUUGAACACACCAACUUUAGAGCGACCCCUUUAUAGACGUGCUUCUAGCAACGCCAGCUCGCUUAGCUACAAUACGCUGCUUGGUAAGCAUGAACGCGAAAAGCUGCAAAUACAAAUAAAAAAUAAUGCAUUGACGGUGGAGCGAACAAUCGUGACGCAUACAGAUGCAGACGAUGCAGCCCAACAUAAAUGUGAUAACAAUGGUAGCGAUUCAAAUGAUAGUCGGUUGACGAUAGACUUUGAGGUAGUACCCGACUCGAAUUUAGAUAAAAUGAACGUCAGCGAAAUACAAGAGAUGCUAGAGCAGAUGUAUAAGUUGGCACGACAGCCUGGUCUGGAUGCGCAAGGUUUUCUCUGCAAAUCUUGUCAACAUCCUUUAGGCAUAGGUUACACAAACUUCCAAGUUUGCGGGUUCAGUGGCAAUUACUUUUGUGACGCUUGCAUGGACAUGGAACAAAUAAUGAUACCAGCAAAAAUUAUUUACAAUUGGGAUUUUCGAAAAUACUCAGUAUCAAAACGUGCAGCUCUUUUUUUGACGGAAUUCCGCAAUCAGCCAGUUAUUGAUUUAGAACUCUUGAAUCCAGACAUUUACAACGCAUCGGAUGCCAUGGCUGAUCUGCAAUCUUUACGCAUACGUUUGAAUUUUCUACGGGCUUACCUCUACACCUGUGAACCUAAGAGCAUAGAACUACUGCAACAACAAUUCUAUGGGCGUGAAUAUCUCUAUGAGCAUAUACAUUUGUAUUCCAUAAGUGAUUUGCAUUUGAUAUUACGCGGCACACUAUACCAGCAACUGCAAAAGGCAUACAAAAUAGGCGAAUCGCAUGUGCUGAAGUGUCCAUUGUGCAGUGUAAAAGGAUUUAUUUGUGAGAUUUGCAAAAGUUCACGUGUUCUUUAUCCAUUUCACAUUGAAACAACAUAUCGGUGCGAAGUCUGUGGUGCUGUUUUUCAUGCGCACUGUCUAAACGAUCAGCAGCCAUGUCCAAAAUGUGAGCGUAAGCGUAAGCGAGAGGAAUUGGAUUUGGAAGAAAUGAAUGAUAUAGAAAGCAUGCGGAGUUUAGCUUCAUCCACUACUAUUGCCGCCAAUGAUGUGGGAGACAAAUAAAUGGAGACAAAGUGAUUUCGAAUAAACAAUUUGUAUUAUUGUACAUUACGUUAGCUUAAGUACAAAAUUGUUAUGCGUUUUUUUGUUGCCUUUAAAAGUCUGGAAUGACUUUUAGUUUAGUUAAAAAAAGUUUGAUGGCUUAAGAACUAUUAAUGCAAAGACGUAUUCUAUCAAUCUUCGAACUAAUGUAAA